CAGACACCACUAGCCAUGCACGGUCGGCUCAGGUUCCUCCUUCUACUCCAGGAUCACAGUGGGACGGUAAUUGGAGCUGGCCGCCGCCUUAAUGGAGUCUAUGUGUUGGAUACCCUUCACUUGUCAUCUUCAGCUAGGCUACUUCAUCAGUGUCAUGCUACAGUUUUAUCUCAUUAUAUGUGGCAUCAUCGUCUUGGUCAUUUGUGUUCUUCUCGUAUGUCUACUCUUGUUCGUCUUGGAGUCUUAGGAGCUGUCUCUCCUUCCUCUGAUGUUGUCUGUAUUGGCUGUAAGCUUGGUAAACAACUACAACGCCCUUAUCCUUUGAGUGUAUCUCAGACUACUGCUCCUUUUGAACUUAUUCAUUCUGAUGUUUGGGGUCCCGCUCCCUUUGUUUCUAAAUGA